UGAAUUCAAUUCGAAUUUUGACUUCGCAGCGUUCAGACGUGUUCGGAAAAACCUGAAAACCAUUCGAGUGACUAGAGAUAAACCCAAAGCAAAAAUAAUUACACCCAAGUCACCGAUCGAGAGUGUUUCGUUUCGAGUGAAAAAGUGAAAUCAAAGCCCAAGCAGCAACAAAAAGUGCUACAGAGCCCAGAGAUAUAUGUUCUCUGCUCAAAACUACACAAGUGUUGAAUCGCCGAUAUUUUGUUUGGAUUAACCUACGAUUGCCGACGCAUUUCUGUGGAUUAAACCUCAUCGACGCCGAAGCAAAGCUACACAUUUGUAGCCUUGUCUCGCAACUUUAGUGGAUUAUUAAACAAAACAGCACACACUAAGCAACUAAAAUGGUUGUUUUGGAAGGAGGCGGCGGCGUUGUUACCAUCGGUAACAACCAGUACCUUCAGCCGGACUAUCUGGCCCCAUUGCCAACAACGAUGGACGCCAAAAAGAGUCCCCUGGCUCUGCUCGCACAGACGUGCUCCCAAAUUGGAGCGGAUUCGUCGGCGGUGAAGCCGCUGCUGGCGAUGGACAAGAACAAGACAAAGCCGGGGGCCUGCUCCUCCUCGUCGAACUCGUCGAGUUCCUCGGGCAGUGCCGAGAUCUCGGCCGCCAAAUCGCCCUCCGGCCUGGCCAAGUCGCCCAAGUCGAGCACACCCAUUAGCCACACGGCCACCAGCACAAGUCUGGGCAACACCAGCACCGGCGAGAUUAAGCUGGCCUUCAAGCCCUACGAGACAAACGUGCUGAGCCACCAGAACCAGAACAGCUUCAAGAGCAGCUCCUCGCUGGAGUCGGAACCGAUGCGUCCCAGCUCCAAGAACUCCUCGUCCGCCCAGGAGCGAGUCCCAUCGCGCAGCAAGUCCAAUGCCACGCCCACGGACGGCGGCAAGGGGGCGGAGAUAUCGGUGCACGACUCCACGUCGAGCCGGAAAACAGUGUCGCCAUCGGGUUCCUCGCAGCGCGGCGCCAGUCCCAUCGUACGCUCCGGCAUGGAGGUGCUGAGCAAUGCCAACGGCACCGCCCAGCAUCCCAAGGAGAUGAGCAGCAUGGCAGCGGCGGCGGCGGCGGCAGCAGCGGCUUACAAGGCCGCCGGACCCUAUGGACUGAACCCCCUGUCCGCCCUCUGCUGUCCGCCCGGCAUGGAGCAGCAUGCCAAUCCCGCUUUCCGGCCUCCGUUUGGCGGUGGAUUUUCCCACCACCAUGCCGCCAUGUUGGCGGUGGCAGCCAAUGGAGUUUAUCCGGGAGGAGCUCCGGGCGGAGGACCGGGUGGUCAGCCCAACCCAUACAUUAGCUAUCAGCGCAUCAAGACCCCGGCUGGCGGAGAGGCCAUAGUGCCGGUCUGCAAGGAUCCCUACUGCCAGGGAUGUCCCUACUCGGCCCACACCCAACAAAUGCUGAUGGGCGCCCCCUGUCCCGCCGGCUGCACCCAGUGCGAGCACCAGAAGUACGGACUGGCCAUGGCCAGUGCCGCCGGACUGCCACCAGCUCAUCCUUACUCCCAGGCAGCGGCGGCGGCUGCGGCGAAUGCGGCGGCAGCUCGAUCGGCGCCGUACGUAUGCAGCUGGGUGGUGGGCGAUGCCUACUGCGGCAAGCGGUUCCAGACCUCCGACGAGCUCUUCUCCCACCUGCGCACCCACACGGGCAAUCUAUCGGAUCCGGCGGCAGCGGCUGCGGCCCUGGCCCAAUCCCAGGCUCAAUCGCUGCUGGGAACACUCUUUCCUCCCUCGGCCUUGAGAGCUGGCUACCCCACACCACCAUUGAGCCCGAUGUCGGCGGCGGCGGCAGCGGCCAGGUAUCAUCCCUAUGCCAAGCCGCCACCAGGAGCCAUGGCCGGAGGACCUUCGCCCUUUGGAGCAGGUGGGGCCUUCAAUCCGGCCGCCGCCGCAGCAGCAGCUGCCCUGGGACCCUACUACUCGCCAUAUGCCAUGUACGGCCAGCGCAUGGGAGCAGCUCAUCAGUGAAGAGACUUUAACUAAAGUUAGAUACCAAAAAAAAAAAAAUAAGGGGGAGGAAUCAACCAGCGAUAUAGAAAGGGUUUACAGCAGUUAAAACACCCUAGUUGAGAUAAUUUCAAAGAAAAAGUAAAACAUUAAAAACGAUUGCAAAGGCUGACACAUCUCUGGCUUUUGCGCUAUUCUGUGAUACUAAACUGUAGUUUAAAGAGCGCUAGUUACACUUAAGUUUCGCAAACAGAAAAUAUUCAACCACCUAAAACAGUAGCAGCCGCAAAAAUAGCAAGAUCACUUCUUCUUUAUUCAACCUAAAUGUCUACAGUAAUCGAAUUCGAAUCGUUAAGUAAAAUCUGCAGCAGACGGGACAGACUCUUAUUUGCUCUCAAAGUUCAACCAAAGUUUUAGUAAGUCUUAGCCAGAACACAUUCUACAACUUCCAAUUUGUUAACGAUGAACCCAUUGCUGAGAUGUUCAAACAUUGUUUUAGUCUUAGUUCGCUUUAAGUUCUAUUAACUAUUAUUACGAUUAUCAUCUACAAGCAUACAACAAACCAACAAUUGAAAUAAUGUUCUUUAAGUCAACUUUAUAUGUAAAGCGUAAUGAAUAUUUGUAAUACCAACCAAUCAAAGAAAAAAAAAAAAAUGACAAAAAAAAACAAAAUAAAUACGGAAAAUAAAAAUGAAUAUUUCAUAUAAUUAUGUACUGUGUGUAAAUUCUAUAAAUAUAAAAUUAGAUUUGCUAUUUACUCCUUGAUGUACGCAAAAGCCACAACACGUUCUACACAAGAAGCCACGGAAUAUCAAACAAAAGUAAUUUAAACUACUUACAUGCAAAAACAUUCGUAUAAAAACUGAGAAAUAUACAAGAGAAAACCAUUUUUAAAAAUACAAA